CAAUGUCCCAAGCGACAAUCCGACCAGCCUUCGCCGGCCGCCAUGAACCCCGAAUCUCAUACGGCGCUCCAUUCCCAGAAGCAACCGCCAGCCAAGCCGAGAGUUAUUUCCAUGCCUCGAAAGUAUACGUGAUAUGUUCCGGAUCCCUGUCCCGCAACACCGAUGCUCUGGAUAGGCUCAAGCGUGCCCUGGGGAGCAAGUUUGCAGGCGUCCGGAUUGGUAUGAAGCCGCAUACAUUGUGGUCUGAGGUUGUGGAGAUAAUCAAUGAUGCGAAGAGUGUUGGGGCUGAUUUGUUGGUCACUCUUGGAGCGGGGAGUUUGACCGAUGCUGCGAAGAUUGUUUCUUUUGCCCUCGCAAACGACGUCACUACAUUCGACGGUCUAUACAGUCUUACCACAAACGUAAACAAAGACAGCAACGAACCCGCCGGAAAGAAAAGUGCAAUUAAGGGUUCAGUGAUACCCAUUAUCAGCAUCCCAACAUCCCUAUCUGCAGGCGAAUACUCCGAUUUCGCAGGCGGCACAAACGACAAGACGCAUCGCAAACACAGUUUCCAAAAGCCUCUCCGCGGCCCACGGUUGAUCAUCCUCGAUCCGGAGUUGACUGCUACAACACCGGACUCUAUCUGGUUGAGUACCGGUAUCCGUGCAGUUGAUCAUUGCGUAGAGACUCUUUGUUCAACUGUGUCUUAUGAAGAGACGGAUGAAUUGGCGCAAAAGGGGCUGGGGAUGCUGGUGCCGGGAUUGUUGAGGAGUAAGCAUGACAAAAAGGAUUAUGAGGCGCGGUUGAAUUGUCAGUUGGGUUCUGUGGAUGCUAUGGCUGCUUGUACGCAUCCGGAAAGGGUGGUUGAGUUGGGUGCUAGUCAUGGGAUAGGUCAUCAGCUUGGUCCCCUUGGAGUCGGCCACGGUGAGACAAGUUGUAUUCUGCUCCCAGCCGUAUGCAAAUACAACGCCUCCAAAAGCGCAAACAAUAACCGACAAGCACGCGUUUUGAAGUUUCUACUUGACCAACCGACCGUCCAGGAAGUCGUCAAGAAGUACAACAUCAACCCUGAAUCAGCAGAUCUUGGAGAUGUCCUAGACGGCAUCAUCCGCGAAUUGGGUAUGCCCCGGUCCCUCAAGGAUGUAGGGGUUGGCCGUGAUCAGCUCGACAAGUUGGCGGAACACAGUCUAGAAGAUAGAUGGUGCAAGACUAAUCCAGUCCCAUUGGAGGAGAAAGGACAGGUUUUGGAGAUUUUGGAGAUGGUUGUUGAAUAGACCAUCGAAGAGCUUAAACUAUAGUAGAACCAUAUAAAUGUACAUUUUUGUCAGUCUAUGUACCUAAGUAGAAGUCUUAAUAUACCAAGCCACAGUAUCCUUCAAAGUCAACAACUCCGGAUUCCCAAUAACAUCAUUAUCCCUCUUCUCAUACAAAGUCCCACCUUCAGCCCAAAUUCGACGCAAGGUAUAAAUAGCCGCAUCAGGACGACCAGUUUCCCAAGCAGUCUUUUCGAAUUCCUUCACUCCGUCAAUGGACGUCUCGUGAACGGUCCAUCCACCGCCAGUUUGUCGCUCAAAUUCGGCUUGGAUUUCGGCUGG